CCCGUCCCUCAGCGGCGCCCCGCCCCCACGGCGUCUUGCCCCGCCUCCUGCAGGCGGCCCGGCGCGGUGUUUACCCGCGGUGCAUGGUGGGGCGGUCUCCUUCGGCAACCCCGGCCGAACGGCCGCCCAGAGGCUGUGCUGAGCUGGCGCAGCGGCAGCAACAUGAGCCGGACCGUCGCAUCGGCCGUGCCCCUGUCGAGUCCCGACUACUACGAGAGGCUGGGCCAACUCCAGCACGGGCUGCGGGACAGUGAAAAGAAGAGAUUGGACCUGGAAAAGAAACUCUAUGAAUAUCAUCAGUCUGAUACAUGCAGAGUUAAGCUGAAAUACGUAAAACUAAAGAAUUAUCUGAAGGAAAUAUGUGAAUCUGAAAAGAAGGCUCAUACUCGAAACCAAGAAUAUUUAAAGCGAUUUGAGCGUGUCCAAGCUCAUGUUGUACACUUCACCACAAAUACAGAGAAGCUUCAAAAACUGAAGCUCGAAUAUGAGACUCAAAUUAAGAAGAUGCUACUCUCAAAAGAUAGCCUGGGACUAAAAGGUGAACUGACAGAUGAAGACAGAGAAAAGGUUGCAGUGCAGGAGGGAAUUAACUCAGGAACAGCCAUGUCAAGAGGAUUGUAUCAACCAGCAACACUCUUUAUGGGCCGCCAAAUGUCAGCCGUCUCAAGCAUGGGAGAUUUCAGUACAGAGCACAAAUCUCCCCAACCCAUAAAGAACUUUUCAAUUCCUGACCCACAUUCACACCGACAGACAGCCCAGAGCAGUAAUGUGACAGACAGCUGUGUAGUACAAACUAGUAAUGACACACAGUGCUUAAAUAAGUCUGACAACAUAGAUGGAAAGGCAUCUCUUCAGAUUGGUGAGAAAACGCCAGUCACAGCCAGUGUGUUGUCUGAGGAGGAACAAACUCAUUGCUUGGAGAUAGGAAGUAACACACGUCAUGGCAAGAGUAAUUUAUCUGAAGGCAAAAAGUCUGCUGAACUCAAUUCCCCGUUACAGGAAAGAUUAAGUCCAGAGAACAGAACCACUGAUUUAAAGUGUGACAGUUCCAGCAGAUCAGAGGGAUCAGAGGGAGAAAUACUGACACAGGAACAUAUUGAAGUUGAGGAAAAAAGAGCCAGCCCACCAGUCUCUCCGAUAUCAGUUUCAGAAUACUGUGAAUCUGAAAAUAAGUGGUCUCAAGAGAAGCAUUCUCCUUGGGAAGGUGUUUCAGAUCAUCUUGCUCACGGGGACCCAAAGUCACAAAAGCCCUUCAGAAAAAUGCAGGAAGAGAAGGAGGAGGAAAGUUGGAGCACCAGCAGUGACCUCACCAUUUCAAUAAGUGAAGAUGAUCUGAUUUUAGAGAGCCCAGAACCACAGCCAAAUCCAGGUGGCAAGAUGGAGGGAGAAGAUGGAAUAGAGGCCUUAAAAUUAAUCCAUGCUGAGCAAGAAAGAGUUGCCCUAUCCACUGAAAAAAAUCAUAUUUUGCAAACCCUAAGCUCUCCUGAUUCAGAAAAGGAAUCCUCCACUAACGCACCAACAAGAGAACCUGGACAUGCACCAGACUCAGGCGUACCGAGGGCACAGAUGGGUCAGCAUGUUGCCACCUUGAAAAAACAUGAUAAUUCUGUCAAAGAAGAGGCAACAGCAUUAUUGAGAAAAGCCCUUACGGUAGAGUGUGGCCAUAGGUCAGCUAUUCACAGAAGUGAAUCAUCUUGCAGCUUGCCAUCUAUUCUGAAUGACAAUAGUGGAAUAAAGGAAGCCAAACCUGCUGUAUGGCUCAACAGUGUUCCUACAAGGGAACAAGAAGUUUCAAGUGGCUGUGGAGACAAGAGCAAGAAAGAAAACGUGGCUGCAGAUAUCCCAAUCACAGAAACAGAAGCCUACCAGUUGCUGAAGAAGGCCACCCUUCAGGAUAAUACAAAUCAAACUGAAAACAGGUUUCAAAAGGCAGAUGCUUCUAUGUCACACUUGUCAGGUUUGAAUAUUGGCAGCGGUGCAUUCGAGACAAAGACAGCUAACAAAAUUGCUUCGGAAGCUAGUUUUUCAUCUAGUGAAGGAAGUCCUUUGUCAAGGCAUGAAAACAAAAAGAAACCCGUGAUCAAUUUAAAAUCUAAUGCCCUCUGGGAUGAGUCUGACGACAGUAACUCAGAAAUUGAGGCUGCUUUACGCCCUAGAAACCAUAACACCGAUGAUUCUGAUGAUUUUUAUGACUAACGUGCUGUGACGUCUGUUGCAAAUAGUCUUUAAACAAACUGAAACCCUGUGUUCAUAUGUGAUGUCCAAAAUAAAUAUGUUCUUUUAA